AAUGAAGCAAAAACGUGGCAGUCGGCUAUUGAAUGGGUUGGGCGUAAUUGUGGCACUUUGGGUUGGGUGGCUAACGGUGUGCGCUGCCCCGUGUGCCCACGCAGAAUAUAUACCACCUGGACCGAAAUACAAAUGCCCGGAAAAAAUUAAACUCAUCUACCCUUGCAUCUGUACCCACGGUACGGACGAUGGUAUCUACAUCCAGUGUGAAAACUCUAACCUGGCCAGCCUCUCGGUCGCAUUCAUCAACCUUGCCAGCUCGAACGUACCGAUCGUGCAGCUACGCUUGAAGCGAUGCAAAAUCAAAAAUCUCUUCGGAACCCUUCUCCACAAACUGUCCGUCAAACAUCUCUACAUGACCGAUACACCGCUUACCAGCAUUGCCGAUCAUGCGUUCUACGGCAUCAACGAUACACUGCAAGAGCUUCACCUGAUACGAACCGAGCUGCCGGAGUUUCCAACUACGGCACUCAAAAUUCUAGGCCUUCUUAAAGUCCUCAAUAUUGAUGGACAUCAAAUCGAGAUGCUACCGAAAGGUGCCUUUGCUGGGGCACAGUUCGAGGGAACGCUAGAGAAGCUCCACUUGGUGAAUGGUCCUCUUGGGGAGUUGGCAGCAGAUAUAUUCGGUAGCUUGAAGAAAGUGAAAACACUCGAUCUUCAUGGCAAUCAACUGACAGCGUUGAAGAAGGGACAGUUCAAAGGGAUGCGAGAGGUGGAGAUACUCGAUCUGAGCUACAACAAUCUCACCAAGCUUGACGCUACCCACGUGUCCGACCUUACCAAGAUGACUUGGUGUAAUGUAUCCAACAAUGCGCUUACGGAAAUUACCAGAGGCACAUUUGCACGUAACACUGUGCUCCGGGUGGUAAAUAUGGCCGCCAAUGCAAUCCGCAAGAUCGAUGCUAACACAUUCCGUGGGAUGCGAUUUUUGCGCCGACUCUAUCUGAGCGAUAACAUGAUCAGCGAUGUAGGUCGUGGAACGUUCGGAUCAGUCACACGUAUCGGGACGAUCGAUUUGGCACGAAAUCGCAUCAAGAAAGUCGAUUAUCAGAUGUUCUUUCAGCUAAACUAUGUAGAGUUGAUCGAUCUGGCCGAGAAUGAAAUUACAGAAAUUCAAAAAGAUUCCUUCAAAGAUCUCUACCUCACGCACAUCAACAUUUCACACAAUCGGCUCGAAACGAUCGAGCCCAAAUCGUUCAUCAACUGUGCUAACAUGACCGUGCUCGAUCUGUCCCACAAUUUAAUCCGCGCCAUACCACGUACCGCGUUCGACGAAACGACGUACGCUACGGAAUGGAUCGUUACACACAAUCUUCUCACAAACAUGACGCAACUACCUCUAUCCAACAUGACCGGGUUGAAGAUCUUAAACGUGUCCUACAACAAUCUUGUGGAGAUACCGAAGAACACCUUCCCAAAGCUUUGGGAGCUGCAUACGAUCGAUGUGUCCCACAACAACAUCUCGCACAUCUACAACGCCGUCUUUCAGAAUUUGCUCUCCCUUCGUAAUCUCAACCUCAGUUACAACGCACUGGAAAAGAUUGGUCCCUCCACAUUCGGCACACUGCCAACGCUGCUCGAGCUCGAUCUAAGCUACAAUCGCCUCCGUGACAUUACACGUGGAGCUCUCGCGAAAACAACGGGAUUACGCUUUCUUCACAUGCAACACAACAAGCUGGAGAAGGUGUUCCAGAUACCGAUUUCACUGAACGAGCUUAAUCUGUCCCACAACGAAAUAGCCGAAAUACCGGAGAAAACAUGGCCCACCAUGAACUCACUCUUGGGGCUCGAUCUUAACCACAACCGACUGGCAAACAAUCUUGUCCGGGGAAGUUUUGCUGGUCUGCUAACCCUUCAGCGUUUGCAUCUCGAGUCGAAUGGUAUUUCCAACGUACCGAAAGAUAGCUUUUCGGACCUUGGCACUAUGCAGUAUCUGUACCUAGCGCACAACAACAUAACGGAACUGCCGAAAGGUGCGUUCGGUAGUUUGCCGAUUCUGUUCGAGCUGCAGAUAACCGAUAAUGGGUUGGAGCGUGUUACUGAGCGUGCUUUCGAUGGGUUACUGCAGCUGCUGACACUUAACAUGUCGAGUAAUUUGCUACGAUCGGUUCCGAAUGGAGCGUUCCAUGGGUUAGUGUCGUUGCGGCGGCUUGAUAUGUCACACAAUCUGCUUAGCUCGUUGGACAACAAGACGCACGGUUUGCUAGACGAUUGUCUCAGCCUGGAUGAGGUCAAUCUAAGCCACAAUCGUAUCAGCUUCGUGACGAGAAAAACGUUUCCCUCGGACCCAUACAUCCCGUACCGUUUGCGAUCGGUCGAUUUAAGCUACAACACAAUGUCCAUCGUGACGGGUGACCUGAAGGUUGGCACCACCACGCUGCACCGUUUAAAUCUUUCCCACAACAACAUCAAAGAGAUACGACCGAAUGUUCUCGGCAAUCUUACAUCCCUCCGGGAGCUAGAUCUCUCCUACAACGAGCUAUCAAAGGUGGAGAACGAAGUGUUCCGAAUGCCGGCCAACUUUUCCACACUCUACCUUCAUCACAACAAGCUUUGGAAUGCGUCCUAUGAUGCGUUACUGAAGCUGGACAACCUAACCCUGCUGGAUCUACGUUUCAACGAGCUAACGCACUUUGAACCGGAGCUUGUGCGGAAGAUGAAAUCGUCCAAUCUAACUGUGGCGCUUGGUGGAAAUCCUCUACAGUGCGAUUGUUACAUGCGACCACUGUUCCACUAUCUCCGAUUACUGCCAUCGAUUGGGGAGCUUUAUAAGGAGUUAGAGUGUGCCGUUCCGAGCUCGCUCGCUGGGGAGCGGUUGUACAAUGUGACGGACGAACUGUUGGCGUGUGUUCCGGCGGUUGAAGAGGAAGCGUUUCGACCACUGCCUGAUCUACGGUUCCGUGAGAUUGCUUACUUCCGUGGACAGUUGGUUGUGAACUGGUACGUGGCAGCAACGUCCGAUGUGGCCGAUUUUUACGUGUACAUCCGCGACCAGGCAAAUCAUAUCAUCGUCGAACGGACGGUAGCAUACAGCAGUCGAACACUGGCGAUCGAUGGGAAUGACAUUCGGCCGCAGGGCGAUCCCCAGCUGGAACUGUGUGUACUGGCCAAGUCAAGUGAUGGUGCGAUCAAUUUCCUUGAUCGUCAGUGUGUACCACUGCCGGCAGAUCUGGAAGCGGUCAAGCGACAGUACCACGCACAGUACAACUACAAGUACCCGCUCAAUCUGGCCAAGGCCAGCGCUCGAUCGCGGGCGAGCAGUGAUAUACGGGCGGGCCUAACAAUUCCAUUGUUGCUCGUUUGGCUCUGGCUGACUGGUGUCGUAAGCUGUCGGGUUCAGUGGUCGUGCUAG